UAGGUUAAUCGCUGGUUCGUGUUGGUAUGGUAACCUAUUAUGAUACAACAUCCGUGGGAAUGCCCCGUAAGGGAUUUUUGUAGCUUUAUGUCAUUCAGUGAUAAGAAGGAUAUGGAAGCAAUCUCUCUAGAACCAUUUGCGAUGCCUGGAUACCACUUAACGCCAAUUGAUCGAUCUGGGAUCGACAAAAAGAACUUAUGUCCUAAAUGCGACGAGCUCCUCAGAGAGGCAGUGCAGACCAUAGCGUGCGGCCACAGAUAUUGCAAGGCAUGUGUGGAAGAUAUUCUAAGUCAGGGACCAAGAAAAUGUGUCAUAGAUGGGACAAUUAUUCAGCUAAAACAGAAUCACGAGUCACCAGCAGCCUUACAAGGACGAUUUGAAGAAUCACAUUCGCACUUUAAAGAAAAUAAUAAGAAUUGA